CCUCAGGAGCCUUAACAAUUCCCUACAUACACCUGGUAAACUUUAGCUAACAACUCCAAAAUGGCUGCUGGCGUGGCAACAUGGUUGCCCUUUGCCCGGGCAGCUGCGGUCGGCUGGCUUCCUCUGGCCAGACAGACAAUGCCCAAGCCACCUGUGGACAAGAAGAGCCGCACUGACGAGAUCCUGAUAGUUAACGUAAGUGGGCUUCGGUUCCAGACCUGGAAAAACACGCUGGACCGUUAUCCCGACACUUUGCUGGGAAGCUCAGAAAAGGAAUUUUUCUACAAUGAGGAAACUCAGGAAUAUUUCUUCGACAGGGACCCAGAGAUGUUCCGCCACAUCCUAAACUUCUACCGCACAGGCAAACUGCACUACCCGCGACAGGAGUGCGUCCAGGCUUUUGACGAGGAGCUGGCUUUCUAUGGCAUUGUGCCGGACAUAAUUGGGGAUUGCUGCAUGGAAGAGUAUCGUGAUCGCAAGAAGGAGAACCAGGAGCGGCUGGCUGAGGACACGGAGGCUGAGAUGGCAACAGACCAGCCCUUACCACCAAAUAGCACAUCUCGUGAACGCUUGUGGCGAGCUUUUGAGAAUCCCCAUACCAGUACGAUGGCUUUGGUGUUUUACUACGUCACAGGCUUCUUCAUUGCAGUUUCUGUCAUCGCUAAUGUAGUGGAAACUGUACCAUGUAAGGCACCCCCUGGCAGGGUUAAACCAAUACCUUGUGGUGAAAAGUACUCUGUGGCCUUCUUCUGCAUGGACACAGCGUGUGUCCUGAUCUUCACCUUUGAGUACCUGAUGAGGUUAUUUGCUGCUCCCAGCCGCUGCAUGUUCAUGCGCUCUGUGAUGAGCGUGAUUGACGUGGUGGCUAUCAUGCCCUACUAUAUCGGCCUGGUCAUGCCGGAGAAUGAGGAUGUAAGUGGUGCUUUUGUUACACUUCGGGUCUUCCGGGUCUUUCGCAUCUUUAAGUUCUCACGCCACUCGGCGGGUCUGCGUAUUCUUGGCUACACGUUGAAGAGCUGUGCCUCUGAGCUCGGCUUUCUUCUUUUCUCUCUCACCAUGGCCAUCAUCAUCUUUGCAACUGUCAUGUUUUACGCUGAGAAAGGCACCAACGGAACCAACUUUACCAGUAUUCCAGCUUCUUUCUGGUACACCAUUGUCACCAUGACAACGCUGGGGUAUGGAGACAUGGUUCCUAACACCAUUGCUGGCAAGAUAUUUGGUUCUAUCUGCUCUCUAAGUGGUGUGCUUGUAAUAGCACUUCCGGUUCCGGUUAUAGUGUCCAAUUUCAGCCGCAUCUACCAUCAGAACCAGAGAGCUGACAAAAUGCGUGCUCAGCAGAAAGUGCGACUUGCCAGGAUUCGCUUGGCUAAGAAAGGAACCACUAAUGCAUUUCUGCAAUAUAAAGAAGACGGAGGAUUACAGGAUCAUGAUGGCGACAGUGCUGCCCUGUGUCUGAAGAACAGAUCUUCAUUUGAGCACCAGCACCACCAUCUGUUACACUGCCUGGAAAAGACUACGAACCACGAGUUCACAGACGAACUGACCUACAGUGAGAUGUGUAUGACCGAGUCAGUUGUUUUCCGCACCAGCCGCAGCACAUCACUGUCAAGCCAGCAGGGCGUCUCGACUUCCUGCUGUCCUCGCAGGUCAAGGAGAAGAGCCAUCCGCCUGGCCAACUCCACCGUAUCAGUGAGCCGUGGCAGCAUCCAGGAGCUCGACACACUACAUGUGCACAAGAGCCCAACUGUUCCUCAGAGUCGCUCCAGCCUGAACGCCAGGACAGAGGACUUGAAGUUAAACUGCGAGCCGCAUGAUUACACAGCAGCUAUAAUCAGCAUCCCAACGCCUCCAGCCAACACACCUGAUGAAAGCCUGCCAUCGUCACCUGCCAUCCCGGGCAUCCUACGCAACUCUCGCACCUCUUUCACUCAUGAGACCGUUAAGAUCUCUUCCUUAUAACACAACUUCUUCUAAGCACAGAGCUCUCCUCCAAUGCACAAAUAAAAGGAGGAGGGUUUUC